GAUUUUAUACAUGUGAUCACUCCCUAGUGGUAUGAUCACCUACGUCAAUGUAUGUAUGCAUCAAUAAGCUGAGGUUACCUUAUAAGGCAACCUAGUACAGUAGCUUCUCUGAAUUUCUAAGAAUUGUCCUCUGUCACACAAGAUCAAAAUGUCAACCAGACGGUUACUUUUUUAUCUAGUUUCGGUGACCAACCUGCAAACCCACUCUCACACAGCCAGGGCUUAACCACACAGACUAAUAUAGAUAGCUUGUGCAAUGUAUUGUGGGAGAGGUUUUAGACACAUAGCAACAGUAUAUUAUUAUAAGGCCUGCAGCAAAACAUAUGAAUCUUAAGGUCCCCUUAAUAAUGGGGAGGGUCUUUGGGACCCACCCCCUACAACGUCCUCAUUGAUGACAAGCGCGCUCUCGGUUGACAUGACAUCCUCCUUCAAGCGGGUGAAGAACUUGUUUAAUAAUUGACUGUAGAGAGGCACACCGUCAUCUGGGCAGGGAUAAAUACGUUGCCUCACUUUGAAGGGGGCAUUUGCCAUAUUCUUAAAGCUCAUCCAGGCAGUCUCCCUGUGACAUUAUCUGUUGCACCUUAUCCUUGUACUGGAGAGUCUCCCUGUGACAUUCUGUUGCACCUUGUCCUUGUACUGGAGAGACUCCCUGUGACAUUAUCUGUUGCACCUUGUCCUUGUACUGGAGAGACUCCCUGUGACAUUAUCUGUUGCACCUUGUCCUUGUACUGGAGAGUCUCCCUGUGACAUUAUCUGUUGCACCUUGUCCUUGUACUGGAGAGUCUCCCUGUGACAUUAUCUGUUGCACCUUGUCCUUGUACUGGAGAGACUCCCUGUGACAUUAUCUGUUGCACCUUGUCCUUGUACUGGAGAGACUCCCUGUGACAUUAUCUGUUGCACCUUAUCCUUGUACUGGAGUCUCCCUGUAACAUUAUCUGUUGCACCUUAUACUUGUAAAGGCAUCUCACCUUUUUUAUCAAUUUUUUCACCUCUGUACCUUUUCUCUUGUGUGGAUUUCCUGAGGCAAACACUUGAUUCUUCUUGUUAAUAAGCACCAACAAUUAGUUCACUGCUCAAUGCAAAUGCACAAAGACUGAUCUCUGUCUAAACUUCAAAUUCCAAAGUGUCAAGUCAACAUAAGUCUGCACAAGCACUUCAAUUCCACCACUCAAAUGACAGCCCAGUCUUCAAAGACAGUGCUGUCCCUGGACUCUGAGGCGGUGUUCUCACUCAAAGAUGGCAUCAACUUUAAGAAGAGCCCAGAUGAUGGCAAGUGCUACAUCAUAUACAAAGAAAAUGGAGAGCUGAAGGCCUGCAAGAACCAAUGCAAACACCAAGGAGGCCUGUUCAUCAAAGACAUAGAGGACUUAGAUGGAAGGACGGUCCAAUGUACAAAACACUACUGGAAGCUGAACGUCUCAACUAUGCAGUAUGUGAACCCUCCUGACAGCUUCACACAGGAUGAGCUGGACGUCGUGAUGACAGACGAGGGUGGUCUUCAGCUCGUGGAGGUGAUCGUCUGGGACCCCUGGUUGGCAGACCCCCAGGAUCCACAGGAACUGCAGGAGGGAGAGGUGACUGUGACCUACCUUACCCAUGCAUGUAUGGAGCUCCAGCUAGGGGGGAAGAAGAUGAUAUUCGACCCCUGGCUGACGGGUCCGGCCUUCGCCAGGGGCUGGUGGCUGCUCCAUGAGCCACCUGCUGACUCCAUGGAGAGGCUGUGCAUGGCCGACCUCAUCUACAUCAGCCACAUGCACUCCGACCACCUCAGCUACCCAACCUUAAAAUCCCUCUCUGCGACGAGACCCGAUGUUCCUAUUUAUGUUGGCGACACAUCAAGGCCAGUGUUCUGGAUGCUGGAGAAAAGGCAGGUGCAGCUGACAAAUAUCAACGUCGUUCCCUUUGGCAUUUGGCAAAACAUUGAUGAGCACCUCAGAUUCAUGAUUCUGAAGGAUGAAGUGCACCCUGUAUUGGACACCUGUAUCAUUGUUGAAUAUAAAGGUCAUAUGAUCCUCAACACGGUGGACUGCACCAGGCCAAACUACGGCCGACUGCCCCACAAUGUAGACCUGAUGAUGAGCGACUUUGCUGGAGGGGCGUCUGGCUUCCCCAUGACUUUCAGUGGAGGAAAAUACACAGAGAGCUGGAAAGCCGAUUUCAUCAAGAAUGAAAGGAAGAAGCUCAUGAACUACAAGGCCCAGCUGGUAAAAUCCUUGCAGCCCAAGAUCUACUGCCCGUUUGCCGGUUACUUUGUCGAAGCACAUCCCUCAGACAGGUACAUUAAGGAAACUAACACGAAAAACAAAGCGGAGGAGCUCAAUGCCCUGAUCAAGAAGAGCGCUCCAGGCAUAACAACAUGGACACCCAAGCCAGGCGCUGUGCUCGAUCUGGCCCUGGCUCUGAUGAGCCCCAGCCGGAAAGCCAUCACCGACCCUCCAUCCGGGACAAACAUCUAUAAGGACAGUUGGGACUUUGAUUUGUACGUGGAUGAACUGAACAGGGCCAUCACCGCUGAGAUAUUUAAACAUAAAAGCUGGAUCCAAUUUUAUUACAUCUGGGCAGGGUUUAAAAACUACAAUCUAGUUGUCCGGGUCAUAGAGACAGAUGAGGACUUCAUUCCGAUAGACAAUGGCUACAACUAUCUGGUGGACUUCAUGGAUCUGUCCUUCCCUACUCAGAGGCCCACUAGAGAGCACCCUUAUGAGGAGAUCAAAAACAGGAUCGGUGUCAUGAGACACGUGGUGAAGAAUGGCCUUCUUUGGGACGACCUGUAUAUCGGCUUCCAGAACCGUCUGAGCAGAGAGCCAGACGUCUACCACCACCGGUUCUGGAACCACUUCCAGACAGAGUUGCCAGUCACUGGACCGGACUGGGACUUGUUCCUGCAGCAGGUGCCAUCAUACCAGAGGUCUGCUGAACCCCAGGGAAUCCAAACAGAAAGUGGCUCUGCUUCUACAUUGUCUUAGAAAAAGCAGACUGUACUGUCUUAUGAGAACCAAGCUUUAUGCCUGUAUCCAAUAAUGAAUAAGAAGGGCUGCUCUCCCUGUCACUGUAGGCACCACCAACCUCCCUAUGCAACUGAAACGGGGAAGAAGGAAUGUGGCUGACAAGAUUUAAUUUCUAAAUUGGGUCAAAUAAUAGCUUCAUUUAGGGUUCAUUUUCUAAUUCGUUUUUUUCAUGUAAUGGUGAAAUCAAUUAACAUAGCGUCUAUUGUUGCUUGGCAGGUCUGUAUGUAGGGGACUAGUAACAAAAAGUAGGAAAAUAUAUGCACUCACUACUAUGUCUCUCUGGUAAGAGCAUCUGCUAAAUUACUAACAUGUAGAAUAUGAAUAAACUUUAUCAUUGAUUAUCAUGUGUAUUAUU